GUUAUUUGCAUUCGCUGUGGUCGUGCAAAAGGGGUUCAAAAUUUAGUCAUCGUGGCUUCCCUACUGACUUACAAAAUAUAAGGUAAGAUUUCUUUUAAGUUUGUCUUAUAUGAUAUCCUCUACUUGUCUGAAUAGAAAUUUUGUAAUUUUUCAUGACCAAGCCAAAAAACUGUAGGCCAUAAGCUACUGGCUGUUUCACAACGUAAGACAUCAUGUUAUCUGAAUGCUUUUGAUAUAGAGGUUAAACAUGUACGUUCACUUGAUACAUCGCAGGAAGAUGGAUGGUUUUCUAGUUUAUCGAAGAUUAUUUUAAUAUAAUAAACAGAGAAAUUUAUUAGCAUUCGCCUUACUUCACAAAAGGAGACAGUUUCACGAUUCUGGGGUACAAAGUGUCAAUGGCCCGAUUUUUCUUGGCAUACUCAAAUUGAACAAAUUGGAAGUUCUAGCUUUAUUUUCCCUUUGCUGGUUUUAGAACACGGUCAUGAAGGUUUCUACAUCAAUUCACAACAGAGGAUGAUACGACAGAGAUGAAACUUAGGGCGCUGGCAGGGAUAUUGGAGUUAUAUUUGAGUUUAACAAAAGCAGUGUUUGCUCAUUAGAAAUCGAUCGACGCACGUUCAACGAAAGGUACACGUAGCGACAGGCCAUGAGUGGAUGGAAUAAACAAAGCCUGUGUUACAAAAUCACAACUAAAACAGUGAGAGAACCCUGAAAAUCAUUUGACUGUUUUGCCAUCCACAAUAUAUUGUAAUUAAAUGCAAUGUAGAAUUUCCUUUACAAUGGUUUGACUGAAUUGGUAUAUUAAUUGAAAGGCAAAAUAAUUUUGAAACGGGAACUGAAAUGAACGACUCGGUUAAAAAGGCGUGUCAUUUGGGCACCCGACAUGUUUUAAGCCGAAAAUCGUAUGUCUGAGGGCGUGGAGAAAAAAAAACGACAUCGUGGAAAUUCAUUAUUGGACCGAUAGCCAUUGUCGCAUUUUAUGCUUACAUCUGAGCUUACUGUUAAUGUAGAAUGUAAAGAAGAUAAAUAUUUUACUCCUGAUCCUGGACAUUACCAUAUAUACUUUACCAAACAGCAAAAACGCUUUUUACAUCAUUGACACAAUUUAGAAGAAAUUGUUUAUUGCCAGCCAGGUUGCCUCGGCGGUAAAUUCAUAAUGCGACGCAAUGUUUUGAAAAAUUCCUCAAAUUCUGCGUAACCCUCUUUUUUUUUACCAUAUUUAAUUUGAUGUAAGUAAGACCUUAUAUUUGGGCAAUGACGGCAUGGUUUUGUAUUUACAAGUCGUGGAUCCAGUGUGUAGCCAAUUGGACCAUAGUUAAUUGAGUGGAAUGGUUAUGAAACCCGUCAGACUCCUUUGUUAUAUGUUUUUGUGGACCUGAAAGUGCACAACGUUCAAAAGAAUUCCUAUCAUUUUGAUUGUAUUGACCAAUAAAAACGUUGCAUUAAUUUAUUCCGUAACAAUUUGCCAACAGAAAACAAAGGAUUGUGCACUUUCACGGUGUUUUGAACAUAAACUGCAGCACUGUUGUUUUUAUCAUUGAUGUUUGCCGCUUUUCAUAACCAGUCUCCUCUAAUAACUAUGAUUGGACAGUACAAAACUAGUGCAGACCACAGACCGUUGUUUUCAGGGUUGGGGGUCCUUAUUUGCAUUGUGAAAACGAUGGUCUUCAGCAGUCUGCAGUCUGCAUUUUGUACUGACCCAAAGACCUUUUACUGACCCUGUAACUAAUCGUCUAAUCGUCGUCUGUUCCAGAGGACCUAACAGGUGAGCAAACUUUGAUAUGAUUUCUUGUUUGAAAGGGCCAUUAGUGCUCUAUUUUGCUUUAUAAAUUUCGUUUAAAGCAGAAGCUGAUCAAGGAAUGGGGUUGUACGCUCAAAUUUUUGUUCUCUUUUCCUUUGUGAAUUGAAUUUUAAGCGGUAGCUGAUCAAAGAAUAGAAAAUGGUUAUCACUCCCUGACUCAAAGUUUUAUCGGAACCAGCGUGCCCUUCGCAGUCGAUUUACAUUGAGCCAGUCCUCACCGGCCGUGAGGAAUACAGCGCGUUUGCAGACCUUUUGUUUUAGACUGACCAUCUUUAUGCCUUUCAAGAGAUUUUUGUCAGCCAGCGUGUUCUUUGCAGCUCGAUUUACAUUGAAACAGCCCUAAACUACCGUAAGGACUGCAACGAAUUUGCGAUUUUGCCAGCGAUCCGCGAAAAUAAGUUCCCUCACUGAAAUAGAAAUUACCGCAAACAUUUUUCCCGAAAAAAGUUACUCCAGAGUAUUCUCUAAAUCGUGUCUGUUCAAUCACAACUUGUCUCUUUCAUUCAGAAACAAACGAAAUACUGGUUUAUUGUUUGAAAAUAUGUUAACAGUAUUUCUAUUGCAUUCACGUACUCAAUAAAAACGAAAACAUUCUCAAUGCUUGGUACUGGGUACUGUCUGAAAAAUCGCAAAAAUUAAUUCCCAGCAAGAUAAACCAAUCUGUCCUAAUUGUAAAAAUUAGUUCCCGCAAAACACAAAAAAUCGCCAAUCCACAAAGAUAAACUCCCGCAUUUCUUUGUUAUCCAUAUGACGAUCCUUUACAAGAAUGGAUGUGUUUUUUACACGGUUGAACCGCUGAGAAGAGCUCGAAGGAAACUUGCCAAUACUACUCUAGAUAUGGAGCAGCCUAGACAACGAGGAGGGUCUCAGACGUUAUAAUUUUCAGCAUGGGUUUGAUCACUCGGUUAUAAUACUCUUUGUAGAAAAGUAGCAUACAACAGCAUGUUUAUGCGUAUUACAUUGAUUAAGAAGAAGGAAUGCAAACGGCAACGAUGGCGAAAUUUACUAGACCAUUCAACAAGAAUUGGAUGGGUUAUUAGGCUGCAUGAGGGGUUAGCCAAGCAAAAUUCGGACCUACAUCUAGAGCAGUAUUAGUGAGUUUCCUUCGAGCUCCUCCCAGUAGUUCAAGCGCUUAAAAGACAUCCAUCGCGACAGAUUGCCACAUGAAGGGAUAACCAAUUGAAAGAAUAUGGCGGGAGUUUGCGAACAAUGCAAGGCGAAUAACAUGUCAUUGGUUUAGUAAUGAUGGGUUUAUGCUUUAUAUAUUAACAAAGGCCUGCAUUACGUAAUCGGAGAAUUUUGUUUUGUGUUUCGCAAAUAUUGUUUUGUGCUUUGGGAAAAAUGUGUUGUGUUUUGCAAAUAUUGUGUUGUAUUUUGGUAAACAGCGUUAGUUGUUGUGUUUGGAAAAGUGUUUGUUGUGUUCCAGGAAUAUAUUUUUGUGUUUCAAGAACUGUUUGUUGUGUUUGCAGAUAUGGGCCACCGUAUAAAGGCCUUACUCGAACAACAUUUUAAUUUCUAACGUUUAUAGUUUUGAUACAAUGGAAUUUUCCGUGAAGCAUAAGUCACUGAUAAGUGCUAACUUGCUCCAAUUUAACAACAAAGCUUCAAGCCAUGCUGUUUAAGCAAUAGAAAACGUUUUCCGUGUUUGCAUAGCCUGAUAUAAACACGAGAGGGGUUGCGAGAAUUCGAGACAGUUAUGCAAACCCGAGACGAAGUCGAGGGUUUGCAUAACUGUCAAGAAUUCUCCCAACGCCUCGAGUGUUUAUAUCUAUGCAAACACAGGAAAUAAGUUUUCUAUUGCUUUUAUAAAAUAAAUUUCCCGACGAAAAACGCAAAACUCUUUGCAUGGCAGUGAUUAAAAGAGAAAUUCUUACCACUCGAAAAGUCUUGUCCACGAAGUCUCGAACGCGUAAUCAGUUCUUGUUUUGCAAAAAGAUGCUUUCCAAAAUACGGACUUUUCUGGCUUAAAAUGUCAGCUUAAGCGAAAAAAAAUUGACACACUUUCUUUGUAACGAUUUUCCAAGUUUCAGCCGACGAAGGAAUGGGUAAAUAAAGUGGACUUGUCGAGUUUUGAACUUGAAAACUUUUUCAAAUUUGUGCUUGCGUGAUUAGCGCGCGAAAAGCAAAACAUAUUGACGCCACAACCAUGUUUACAUACUCUCAUGCUAACACGCCUCUCAGCCAAUCAGAGCGCGCGUACUAUCUUAGUUAUUUUAUAAUAUUGUUUAUUAAAGGUGGAAGCCUAGAAUGUGCCCAAGUAGUUGUUUCAAACUGGGGUGAAAUUUAAUAGCUAUCUUUUUGUACAGCGAAAUCUGCUUUAAACCUCUAACAUUGUGUAACAGAUCGCGAAGAAUCAACAAGCACAUCCCACAAAAAAGAAACAAAUUCGCAUCGUUGGCACUUGACGGAAGGUACCCCUAGUUUAAAUUAGGGACGACUGUUCGAUGAAACGGUCUUGUUUUGCAUUUCAUUUAAACUCGUGCCUAAAUAUCUUGUCAUUUUUUUUAUUUUUAUUUUCAACAGUAAUUCUUAUAAAUCGGUCGUUUUUGUCUCAUUCGUUUCAGUUCGCAGCCGAAUCGUCGGAGGAACGAAUUUGUACCUGAGUUACUUGGCUUGUUUACUUUUAGAAUGUUUUUUUUUUUUUUCACAAGCUCCUCAACUCGUUAUUCUAAGACUAGACUAGCUCCACGGUUAUGUCCCUGUGCACAGAAGUAUAGUAUAAACCAGUAAAUAGUUAUCGUUUGGUUAUUCAAGUUAGGGAGGUCUCUUCAUCGAUGGUUAGUGCGCGGUCUUUCUGGUUUCGAUUUCUCUCUUUCUGUGUUGUUUUAACUAGUUUUUAAUACCCGUAAAACGAAACAAGGGGGUGAAAUGAACGCACCGUCGACCUCAAGUUUAUCAGUUGAAUCACUGUAACGAUUUGUCCAAGUAAACUGGUCUCUUUACCUUUUCUUUGUAAUGCUGGGUUGGAGUUAAGUGCCGUGAUUUUGAAACUUUUUUCGCAAUAGCCUUCAAACAGUAACGCAGCUAUUAAACUAUCAAUAUUAUGCGGGAGCUCAGCAUUUAAGUAUGUUUAGUGUUCUUUUUAAAUUACUGACCCAUUACGAAAGGGUCGGAUAGAAAGACCAAUUCACUAUUGUUUCGUAGCCUGAGCUAAAACGUCUAAAAGGCGUUCGCAUAAAAUGCGACAAAAAUAUGAUUGUUCAAUUUGUAUAACACAAAGUCGAACAAAACAUAGGGGCGGAAUUCUAUUGAAACUAGUCUCAUGACUAAUAUUCUAAGGAAAUUUUUGUUAAACUUAAGUUACGAGCUUAGCGUCGAGGUUAUGGUUAUGUGGGGCAUGAAAUACAUAAUGGUUUACAGCGGCGUUGCUCCUUCUGAGAACUAUGUUUCCGUUAAUUACAAAAUACAGAAAAGGGAUGGAAGUAACAACAGUGUUCAAUGAAAAUAAAUGAAAAUAAAUCUAAGCUACGGUAAAACGUGUAACAAAAUAUACGUAAAUCGAUAUUGAAGGAUCUCAUAUUUUUCAAAAAUAUUCCACCGUUGAGGGGGUGGGUAAGGGGGGGGGGGAGUUGGGGGGGUUGGGGGAAGCUGAUUCAAGCAAACAGAACAACAGGUGGAAAACAGGUCAAAAGACCAUCACACAAUUAAAAGAUAUUUCAAAUUAUGAAUUACUGAAAGAAUAAUUAAUGAUCCGUCUGAAGGAAAUAAUACUAAAUUGUGUCAGUAAACAACAGGGAGCCAGAAUAAUCUGAAGGUAAUUGUCACAUGUUUUCUUUUACCUUUAUUUCUUGACUUAUCUGACAAAAAACUGUCACCAAAUUCUUCUCUCUAGAAUACAGAGCGGUGUAUUAGUGAUUUUACAAAAGGAUAUGAAGUUAAACUGAUUAUGAGGAAAGAUUGCAGGAGGCGGUGUGAGAAUUAGCCUGCGUAGUAAGCGUUUCUGAUCGAGUCAUUGAGCGAAAGUUGGACUUUCUUGACGUGCUCGCGCGGAAACGCUUGCUACGUAGGCUAUGUGAGAAUUUUAGAUUGAUCGCCGUUCGUUGUUAGUAAAUACUAUUGCAAUCGAGCCCAAGAUAUAUUUUAAAAAAUCGAGUUAAGUUUAAAAUUUGGGUCUUUUUUUUUCAAGGUUUUAUCCUCACCUGUAAAACCAAGGAAGCUACGAUUGAAAAUACAUGUGCGUUCGCAUGCAAAAGUUUCUCCCGCCUUUGUGGUGGCUCAAUUUCGCUCUUCAAAAUAUGUUGCUCUGAAAGUUGGUAGUACAGCUAAUUUCUGUUUAAUGCGUGAUGAUAACGAAUACUCAAAACCUUUUUUUUGCAGAGACAUUCAUCGGCCAAUUCCCUAAGGAAAUGAAUAAAACUGGAUUAGCAUUUUCCGGUGGCGGCGUUCGGUCAGCGGCACUGAGUUCUGGCGUUCUACGCAGACUGCUACAUAAGAAUAUCACCCCAGAUUACCUCAGCUGUGUCUCAGGAGGAGGUUACACAGGCACCGCCUACCUGGACUGGAAGUAUCGCAAUGAACAGAAAGAUGAUCCUGGAUGGCAUAAAGAGUUCUUUGAUAACAUGCGGAGGAAUAUUGGCCUUUUCUGCAACUGGCGCAAUCCUUUAAAAGGAAUUUUUGAUACAUUUAUUCUCCUUACUGUUAUUCUAUUUGUUUCUGUAGUACUAUCUUGCGUUAACUGGUCAGGGUUGGCUUUUCCAACAGCUUAUAUCAUCGAUUACUUUUUUGGUGAUAUUAUGCGAAAACCAUUUACUUGUCCUGAUGAGAAGACGAAAAACUUUUCCUCAUCGGAGAUUGCCAAUAACAGCAACGUCGCUGCUCUUUCCAACAUGACCAAUCAAGUAGAAUGUGUCCCCACAUUUGGUCCUGAUGUAUACGUCACUUUCAUCACAUUCGCUAUUCUUUUUCUUUUAUUUCUCCUCUUCUAUGUAGUGAACAAAGUAGCUGGGCUAUUGCUAAAACCGUUCGCCAACGUUCUUUAUAAUCUGUUAGGGUUUACUUUUGCAAUGGUGUUUCUCCCAUGGUUUAUUGAGGAAUAUAUAGUAGUGACACCUCUGUGGCUUAAUGCUUUGAUCAUCGUUCUCAGUAUUCUCCUGUGGAUGGGCAUAGCUCCUCUAAGAGACAAAGCAUCAAUGGCUUUGAUUGUCUAUCUCUAUGCUUAUGCUGUUAAGUGGAGGGUUUAUAAAACAGAAGUUCUUUCCAUUGAGUACAGCGAACAGAGGUUCACUUUGCUGAUGUGGAUUUCAGCAAUAUUAAUAUGGCUGAAUCCUUUUGUUGUAAUGCUACAGAUGAAUGCUAUACACACAUACAACAGGUAAUCACUGAUAAGUCUAACUGGAAGAGUUAUAUAAUACUGAUGUUGGUAUAGAUGGUUUUCACAGUGACGUCAUCUAAUUGUAAAGUCAAAAUAGCGAGGUUUUACGAAUUGUUAUUUACACUAGGUUGAAGAUAAACAAAAAGUAAAUCUUUGUACAAGUUUCCAUUCCCGUAGCCUGUUUCAUUUCGAAAAUACAGCAAUUUGAACUUCCGAAUUUUCACAGUGCGUGACAUCAAAAUAGGAAUGCUGUCUCGUUGAAAAAAGAGCCUCUCCUCUUGAUUUUCAGCAGUAUAACGAUUUUAAGUAUGAGAAGACAUGUUUAUACGCACGUACGGCUAGUUUUUGAGUGAAAAGAAAGAGCUUUUAAAGAAAAAGUAAAUUCCAGAUGUUUUUGUUGAUUUCCGGCGGCCAUAUUGGUGGACCAAAGCGGUCCACCAAUAUGGCGUCUCCAUACAAAGCUCUACAAAGUUGCGUGAAACGUUUCGGCAAAUACCUCACAAACUGUGGGCCACAAAGACCCGAGACUUGGACAAAUUGUUUAUAUAUUAGUCUUUUAUAACAUUUCAUCUUCUUGGCUUCCUCCACAGGAUGGUUUCCAAUUUAUUUUUUCGUUGCGUGACAGUGAAAACGAUCUAUAGGUAAUAACAUGAUUUGUAGUGAUAUUUGGCUUAAAUACCGCGAGUGAUAUUUCAAAAUUGUUGUACGUAAUUUCACGAGCCGUUAGGCGAGUGAAAUUUGAGACAAUUUUGAAAUAUCACGGGUGGUAUUUACGCCAAAUAUCACGUACAAAUUAUGCUAUUAUUUGUUUAUAGUACUACCCGCAAAAGUUUUGUGAUUAUCACAUGUAGGUAUUUUAAAUUAAGAUGAAAUACCGCUGCUCUAAGCCAAUCAAAUUGCAGAAAUUUCUCACGUAGUAGUAUAAUACAAGAAUUUUUUCUUUUAACAUGCAAACCUGCAUCGUCGUGGGUAAUAUUGCAAAAUUUUCAUCGAGUGCGUGGAACCUCAGUGAAGGUGUUCCGCCAAGAAAUCACUUAAGACGCAGUUAGGACUGUAUAUUUUUUAGUUGUAAUUUGGUUGCAGUCUAUGUUCUCAUCCGGAGACAUAAAAUUGCAAGUUAUUGAAUAAGAGCUCGUGUCUCUUUACCUCACAAAACCAAAUAAGGUAUAAACUAAACAUACAUCAACUGAAACAUGAGACGAAACUAUUGCAACCGGGUCUACUUUCGUAGUAUGCGACUUGCUAUUGUUAAAUUGUUGUUGUUGCUGUUUUUUCGGAGUGGGGUGGGGUGGUUGCUGUUUUUUUGGGAAUGGGGUGGGGUGGUGGGGGAGAGGCACUCUUUUGCUUUAAAUUGAAGAAUGACUUGCUAAACAAAAACACAGAACUGAUUAAGGAAGCUACCCUACAAGGUGUAAGUAGUAUGAUUGUAGGGAUGAAAUUAACCUUUUCAAGUGAAAUACCAUUCGUUAAUUGAGGUGAAACACAUUAACGCCGAUGACAAUCAGGUUGAAAGCAGUUACGUUAAGGCAAGGUGAGUUUAUCUUUUUAAUUGUGUUAGAAAUACAAAAAAAAAUUAAAUAAAAUAAAGACAAUCUACCGCAAUUUAUUCAUGAGAUAAAGACAAAAGGGCAUGAUAUCAUCAGUGUCAUUGCAUCCCACUUCUUACUGAGAGAUUCCACUUCAAAAGAAAAAUUAAUUUAUCCCUACUAUUAAUACAACUGGCGUGGUAUUGUGAAGUCUAAUGUGUUUCGUUUCACUUUGAUUAUUCCUUCCUCUGUAGAUGGCGCCUCCAGAAAUCCUUUUACUCUCCUGAGAGCACUGGAGCUACAGGCUGUUCAGGAAUCACUUGUCAGGAUGUGUUUCCUGUGUGCACAUGCACAUGCGUUGAGUCACCAGCUGAGAAACUGAAUCGACCUUUGACCCUGGAGGAUCUGUCUGGCAUGUCACCAGAAUACAUCUGUAAUUUAACUGUGAACGAAUGGCGGUUAACUCCAUCACUGAGGUAAGCAAUUGUGAGUUAAUAAGAGACUUGUUCAAAUCAAAUAGCACAACCCGUGAUAAGCCAAACCCCUAAGGGGGGGGGGGGAGGGGGUACUCCCUAUAAUGACCUAUACGGAGGCAGCGUGGCCGAGUGGUCAGCUCGUUGGACUAGCAAUCUUGCGGUCCCGGGUUCGAGUCCCGGCGCUCUGGCCACUUGCUGGAUUUUUUCACGGUAGUUCCGAGUUCAAAUCCUCGGCCACGCUUGUAAAUUGCCAACUGGUUGCCUCCUGCCAGUUGGGGUUUUUAAUCCUGUUAUGUUGCAUUUGAAUUAUUUGUUUCUAAGUAUUUGAGUGGAUUGCCUGUAAACUAGCUGGAUAAGCUAAGUGCGCUUUCCACUAUAAACAAGCCUUAAACCUUAAACCUCACGGGGAGGCAGGCUUCAGAUAUGUGAAAGGGUAGGGACAUCUGUUCUGUUGGUCUGUAAAAAGGCCCCAAAGGGCUAACAGAUGCGUGCUAUGGCUGUGAAAAAGUCGUGAAAACGUUCUGGCUUUGUGUUUUAUUCAUAUUCAAAAGACAGUGCAUUUACAGCAGUUAAAAGGGAUGCAACGUUCCGAACAAGGUAUGUGAAAGGGGCACCAUUUGUCAGUGGAAGGUAUAUGAAAAAGUACUUUUUCUGUAACUACCCUAAUUGUCUUCACCGAUUUCAAAAUUAGAGAGUUCUUUAACACAUCCCAAUUCCCAACCGAAUAACUAAAUACUAAGUACAUGGACUUUUUAUAGUUUAAUGCUACGUUAACUGUUUAUUUGUUUGAAUUAAAAGCAUCAUUACUGGUAAUGAAUGAAACUAAUAUUUGAUUUCCUGUUAUCGAUGACCAUAUACGUUUUUUCCCACCAGAGAGCCUUUAUUCGCACUUCUGACGAUGGCACCCUCUGGAAUUGAACGAAUUGAUAAUUUUCAGGGUAAUAAACAGUUUGAAAACCGCCUACAUCCGAAUGACAUUAAAUUAUCCGAAGCCAUGGCAACCUCAGCAGCAGCUGUUUCAUUCCACAUGGGUCAGUAUGAGAGUGAUAUUGAUCCAGUUCAAAGCUUACAGAUCAUUUUUGGAUUAGGAAUGGGAAAAUCCAUAGUCGCUGAGCCCCAGCGGUGUCCAGGAUCAACCUUGGUAAAUUUACUUUGCUCACUAUCUUUAUUAUUAUCAUCUUCAUCAAUAAUAUCGUUGGUAUCAUCACCCCGGACGUAGUUAAUCCAUAAAAAUCGAUAUCGGAAAUCAAUCGAUGUCAUCGAUAUUAAUCGAUUGAUAUCGGAAAUCGAUAGAAAUCGAAGUCACAUAAAAUAAUUUAUCGAUUGUUAUCGAUUAACAAAAUCGAUAACAUUCGAUAGGAAUCGAUAGUAAUCGAUAAAAAAAUCCGUUUCGAUUUCUAUCGGAAAAUCAUCAAUAAUAAUCGAAGUCACAACUUUUUCUCUAUCGACUUCUAUCGAUCGAUAUCAGAAAUCGAUAUUCAUCGAUGAUUGAUAUCGACUACUAUCUAUUAUUAUCGAUUAUCGGUUUAUCGAUUAACUACGUGUGGCAUCACCAUUUUUGUUGUCUUCGUCUUCAUCAUCAUAAUGCAUAGAACAAGUCCAGCUGAACUAUUUCUCCUCAGGCCAAACCCCAGGCAUUAGCAUUUCCCCCCCUGUUAAUGAAGCUGCCCCCCCCGUAGGGACAAGGUUGGACAAAGAAGAAGAUAGCAAAUGCCCCAGCCCCUGCAGGAUCGUGCCCAUAAACACUGGCUGCAGUUUUCGCCGUAUAGUGACAGGUCAUGUUGUAGCUUGAUAAGCAGUGAAGAAAUUAAUGUGAUAAAAAAGAAAACUACCUUUUGAUACUUCUUCAACCUCUUUAAGUUUGUCCGAGCUUAUUGGCGACGAACUGUUAGUACUUUACGAUAAAAUCCUCCAUGUUUAGAAUUCGAGUCGGGAAACCGCAUGCGUGUCCAAAGCCCCGCGCGGGAUAGCCAAAUUUCCGAUCCUUCAGGUAAAUUCUGUAAAAAUAUGAUGUUUUCUUAGUUACAACACAUUGCCAUUCCUUACAGAUCAUUACCAUCCUUAUUCAACUGAUUUUGGUAGUUCCAAUUAUUGGCCUUCCCAUAAUUCCACUGUUGGGUGGUAGCGAGGCCUGGAACCAGAGAGCCGUGAUUUUCUUUGUGGUUUUCCUCUGCUUACUAACGCUUAUCGCCUUGUUACCCACGGGAGCAGAAAAUCCCGGAUAUUUGGAGACGUUUGUCAGGUAUUUGAUUCAUCAUUUUUAACAACUAAACUUCAGUGUAGACAUUCUAUAGCAGGAGCCGAUUAAGUAAUCGGCUCCUGAUAGCACUGAAGAAGACCCUAAAGCAAUAAUCAUGAUAAUAGCAUCAAGAAAAUGACACGCUAAGAGGCCUGAUGAAAAUAAACGGUCUCACUCCGUUAAACAAAAAGACAUUAAGUUGAGGGACAGGGCGUUUAAACUUUCCGGCUCCCGUCCCGUUUUCGAUUGCAAAACACUAAUUAUCCCUGUUAAAUAAUUUCUCCCCAUUUCUCCCAUUUCCCACCCUUCUAGAACUCCCCUCUCCCUCCCUCCACCCAUAUCCCUCGCGCUCCCAAUCUCCCACCAUUGAGGUAUGUAAAGGUCGUCUCAAUUAAUACAUUUGUUUGUAUUUUUGAAUACUUACAGUUGAGUUUUUUUUUAUUUAUUUUUUUUAAAGAAAAUAGUCUAAUUUAAUUCUUCGCAAUUUAAGUUAAUAAAAAGUACAUUGUAAAUAAAAAGGUUGGGAUAGGGAAGUUAAAGCAAACUCACUGGAUAAUUAACAAUUAUUCCUCGAGCCCGAAGGCCUCAUGGGCUAUUGACUCAGAGGCCAUGAGGGCAAGAGGAAUAAUUGUUUUAGUAAAAUCCAACUAGUUGGUCAAAAAUAUCGAGAAUAAAAAAAAAUUAUCUGGUUAAAGCUAGACUUUUAUCCUCUUUUGCCGCCAAAAAGCGCGCGCUUUUCGCUACCAGUAGGCUAUAACCUACCUAGCCUAGUAGUAGCUCAACCAAUCAGAACGCAGCAUUGAUAAUAGACCACUAGUUGGAUUUUACUAACUAUUCAAUAUUUCCGGAUGCAAUGGGCCAUUUGCACCAUGAUCACGUCUUUUUACUACUAAGUCCAGAAUUCAUUUUGUUUCUCCUUUCAUAUUUAAAUUUGGUAGUCUCAGUGAGGUUUAAAUAACAAAAGGCUUAAAUUGCACAAGAAAGCAAUACCCUGAAGGAUUCUGGUGGUAGUAGUAAAAUGACGCCAUCGUGCAAAUGUCCUAACAACGUUUAGCGUCAUUGAAUCACCCACGAUCCCGCUGUAUGGUGAUAAUGUCGGUCAUGAUGAUGAGUAUGAGAUUUUUAAACUGCAUGUUUUAAAAAUAGAAUUCACGUUGCUGUCCGACAUUGUUUAAUUGACUGUUUUGUGUAAUCAGAGUCUGUAGUAAUCAGCUGAAAAAGUAAUCAGAACCAAUUAUAUUAUGGAAUUGGGUAUGCAAUAACCCCUGCCCCUUUCGACGCCUACCACACAAACUAGCUAUGCAAACAACAAAUUGACACCUAUCCCUUCUUGUUGAUGUAUAACUUAUAAUAUUGCAGAUGGUGUGUUGUCCACAUACACCAUGUCAGAUUCAUCCGGGAAGUUUUUGAAGUUGUGAACGUUGGUCCCACUCCCCCUCCAAUACUGCAGCUGAGUGACGGCGGCCAUGUUGAAAACCUGGGGCUGUUACCGUUGUUGAAAAGAAGACUACAGAAAAUAGUGGUCAUCGAUGGAGGCGAGGAGGGAGAAGGCGGGCCCGGAACAGAUCUCCUCUCCGCAAUCAAAAAAGGCAGAGAAAAACUCCGGAUUUCGUUUACCGGUAUGGACGGACGAGACAUUUACGAGGACCUAAGAGCAAAAUUCAUCGACAGGCCACCGGGAAAGCAGCCGAGAAGUUAUCGAUUUAAAGUUGAGUACUUCGACUACACAGACGAAGGUGAAGAAGAGAAGGUCGGUGAAGGGGAAGUACUUUACAUUGUUCCCCGUCAUCCGGGACAUGGCCUGAGUGCAGAGCGCGAGGAAUGGGGCAAGUCGACUGAUGAAGUAAAAAUCGAUAUCAACAUUAAGGAUGAACUAUGGGGCAGUGGACCGGAAAUGGAAGCGGAUGAAGUGGAUCGUUUGACGUACUGCUGUUGUGAGUGUUGUCACCGAUCUCUGUUGCAGUAUUUAUCAGGAUCGUGCUGUGGUGUGUUUCCUAAUCAUUCAACGGCCAAUCAGUUUUUUACGCCCACCAUGUUUGCAGCUUAUCAUCGAGAAGGCUACCGGGUAUGCAUGGAAGCGCGUGUUGUUGAUUUUCUGGGAAAAUGAAACAAGAACAACUGUAAGAAUAUAAAUUAUCAUCACCUUUUAAGGUCCGGCCAGGGGGUUUUGGUUAUUCGGGUAUCUGGGGUCCUUUUUGUUCAGGUAAAACGGGUAUACAUAAUUAUGUUCCUGCACCAGAAGUUCGCAAUCUAGUGACAAAGGACGAAAUGAAAAACGUGCGUGACUGACUACAGUGCACCAAAAGUAACCUGACGAAUCACUUUUAGGUAUUCGGUAUCAACCAAUCAAUCAAUCAUUCAAAUCCUUAUUUUAACACGGUUUAACAAUUACUUAAAACGAUUGAGAGAUCUCUCUUGCGUAAGAUUGCAGGCUAGACCAUUCCAGAGAGUUGCACCUCUAUAUAGCUAAUAAGCUAUUUUUUAAGUAGUUAGUUCUUGGUAAAGGGACAUUUAAUUUAUUUGCAGAGUCCCUUAAGACAUAGCCUGAAUUACUACGCUCAGUGAACAUAGAGGAUAGAUAGUAAGGAGCCAGAUAAUUAAGAGCUUUCAGGUAUAUUGGUUUCUUAUGAGGAAACAAUUAUCCCACUACUGCCUAAACUGCA